CGCCGCCGCUGCUGCCGCCGCCGCCGCCGCGGCUGCCGCAGCCUCUGGGAGCCUGGAAAAGGGGAAGCGAGAGCAAGCGAAAGACUCAGUCCCCGGGCGGCGGCGGCGGCGGCGGCGGCGGCCGCGGGGGCGCGACGGCCGGGGCGGGGGCGCUGCUGCUGCGGGGGCAGGCGGCGGCAGGGGCGGCGGCGGCGGCGGCAGUGGCCCGCUCCAGCCAUGCCGAAUAAAAACAAGAAGGAGAAAGAAUCACCAAAAGCAGGGAAGAGUGGAAAAAGUUCAAAAGAAGGACAAGACACAGUAGAAUCAGAGCAAAUUUCCGUCAGGAAAAACAGCCUUGUUGCUGUCCCGUCUACAGUAUCUGCUAAAAUAAAAGUACCAGUCUCUCAGCCCAUAGUGAAGAAAGACAAACGGCAAAAUUCUUCAAGGUUUAGCGCAAGCAAUAAUAGAGAACUUCAAAAACUACCAUCCUUAAAAGAUGUUCCUCCUGCUGAUCAAGAGAAGCUUUUUAUCCAGAAGUUACGUCAGUGUUGCGUCCUCUUUGACUUCGUUUCUGAUCCACUAAGUGACCUAAAGUGGAAGGAAGUAAAACGAGCUGCUUUAAGUGAAAUGGUAGAAUAUAUCACCCAUAAUCGGAAUGUGAUCACAGAGCCUAUUUACCCAGAAGUAGUCCAUAUGUUUGCAGUUAACAUGUUUCGAACAUUACCACCUUCCUCCAAUCCUACGGGAGCGGAAUUUGACCCGGAGGAAGAUGAACCAACGUUAGAAGCAGCCUGGCCUCAUCUACAGCUUGUUUAUGAAUUUUUCUUAAGAUUUUUAGAGUCUCCAGAUUUCCAACCUAAUAUAGCGAAGAAAUAUAUUGAUCAGAAGUUUGUAUUGCAGCUUUUAGAGCUCUUUGACAGUGAAGAUCCUCGGGAGAGAGAUUUUCUUAAAACCACCCUUCACAGAAUCUAUGGGAAAUUCCUAGGCUUGAGAGCUUACAUCAGAAAACAGAUAAAUAAUAUAUUUUAUAGGUUUAUUUAUGAAACAGAGCAUCAUAAUGGCAUAGCAGAGUUACUGGAAAUAUUGGGAAGUAUAAUUAAUGGAUUUGCCUUACCACUAAAAGAAGAGCACAAGAUUUUCUUAUUGAAGGUGUUACUACCUUUGCACAAAGUGAAAUCUCUGAGUGUCUACCAUCCCCAGCUGGCAUACUGUGUAGUGCAGUUUUUAGAAAAGGACAGCACCCUCACGGAACCAGUGGUGAUGGCACUUCUCAAAUACUGGCCAAAGACUCACAGUCCAAAAGAAGUAAUGUUCUUAAACGAAUUAGAAGAGAUUUUAGAUGUCAUUGAACCAUCAGAAUUUGUGAAGAUCAUGGAACCCCUCUUCCGGCAGUUGGCCAAAUGUGUCUCCAGCCCACACUUCCAGGUGGCAGAGCGAGCUCUCUAUUACUGGAAUAAUGAAUACAUCAUGAGUUUAAUCAGUGACAACGCAGCGAAGAUUCUGCCCAUCAUGUUUCCUUCCUUGUACCGCAACUCAAAGACCCAUUGGAACAAGACAAUACAUGGCUUGAUAUACAACGCCCUGAAGCUCUUCAUGGAGAUGAACCAAAAGCUAUUUGAUGACUGUACACAACAGUUCAAAGCAGAGAAACUAAAAGAGAAGCUAAAAAUGAAAGAACGGGAAGAAGCAUGGGUUAAAAUAGAAAAUCUAGCCAAAGCCAAUCCCCAGUACACAGUGUAUAGUCAAGCCAGCACCAUGAGCAUUCCGGUUGCAAUGGAGACAGAUGGGCCUUUAUUUGAAGAUGUGCAGAUGCUGAGAAAGACAGUGAAGGACGAGGCUCAUCAGGCACAGAAAGAUCCGAAGAAGGACCGUCCUCUUGCACGCCGCAAGUCCGAGCUGCCUCAGGACCCCCACACCAAGAAAGCCUUGGAAGCUCACUGCAGGGCCGAUGAGCUGGCCUCCCAGGACGGCCGCUAGCCUCCGGGGCGCCGCGUCGGGGCUGGGCCCGCCAGUUCUUUCCUGGAUUCUGUAGAAAAUACAUACUUUCUGUGCCAUACCAGUCAGUUACACUCAAAGCUUUCUUGGACCCCGUUCCGUAGGCAAUAACGUGCGUCCGCCUCAGCGCGAGAUUAGGAGUUCAAACAAUGGUGACAUCCCAGAGCCCGCUGGCAGAGCCGCGGGUUGACGACAGUGUCCUCACAGUGUCGCCGCCACCCCAGCGUAGUCCAAGUCAGACUAUUUCACAAAGUCAGAGCGAUAGGAAAGCACCCUGCCCUUCAUCUUCAUGUUCUCCCAAAUGGAACUUAGGAUCUUUUAACAUAGGUGGUUCUGUGAUAACAUCAAUGUUUUCCAAAUCAAAGGAACGCUUUAAAAAAUAGGACCUAUUUUUUAAGACUUUACAGCCUUUGAAAUGGUUUCCACGUGAUUGUUACGCCAGCAGUUCUCGUUGGUUUGUUUUUCAAUCUCAGUGAAAUGGCUCUUUGCUUUCGAGUUCUCACACAACGUACUGGGCAAAUGACAAUCCUCAGCCGCUGGUAUUUUCUAAGGGGUCUCUUCACUUUGAUGAGUGACAUGAACACCGUGUCUCCUUCUCUUGUGUGUACCUAAAGCCAUAUUUCCAAGUCUGUGGUACUCCAGGAUUCCAGGAGUAAGCUUGUAGAAGAGAUUUAUUUUAAAAGAGAUUGCUCUGAAAUUUAUCUUAAAAGAGCUUGCUCUGUCUACCUUGACAGAAAUUGGAGUUUAAAAAUUAUGUGUUAAUAUUUUUAUUUGCAGAUUUUGUUUCCGUCAACUUAAACAUUGUUGCCCUUCAACAAGGCUCUUGAAUUAAUAAAAUUAUAGUCUCUAAGAAUUCCACAUUUUAUGGAAAGUUAGAGCAAAAUCAUUUUGAGUUAAGCCAGUUCUUAGCCUAAUGCAAACUGCAGCUGCCUUUGAGCGUAAAGUAACACAACAGCAUUGCACGGGGCCGGCACUGCCGCUGCCUUCACUGAAGGCUGCAAUGCUGUUCUGAGAGCUUGGAGGAGGCACCAGCGAGGAUGACGUUCAGUGGAGCUCUUUCUGUUGAAAAGAGCUCACGUUAUCAACACCUUGUAAGGAAAAUACAGUGUCUGAGUUUUCAUCGGUCUUCACAUGCUGCUAUGUAUUCCACAGAGUUCCUUGCAUGUACUGAGCUUUUGUUUUAGAUGGAAUAGCACAAGGAGAAAAAUCUUUAAACUUAGUGCUUUGUCUAUUCUUUAUUUCUCUCAGGGUGGCCAGUAUUUUGACUUACUUAUCCUGCUUGAAAGCUACUUGAGAUGUGUACUGCUAUUCUAAACACGUGAUCUAGUUUCUUUCAUCUCUGGCAUAAGAUUAUAUAACUUAAUGUUAAGUGUCUUGAGGCAUAAAAGAAAAAUGUGGCUUAUUUUAGGAUCUGUUUUUUCAUCGAGGUCUCGGGUAUCCUUUCAAAGAUAGUGAGAAGCAGACACUGCUCCUUGUGCAGCUCUGGUACCUGCUGCCCACUGCUGUCAUUUCAAGCCACUGGCAAUGCUUCUGUCCUCGUGUCUUGGAGGAAAAUCACCUGGGGGGAGGGGACUUCUUGUGGUAAGAGCAAGUGCAGGUAUGAAAUGCGAAGACUGCCCCAGCUAAAAGUGGACAAGUCCGCUUUGUGAGAUGAAUACUUCCUGAGAAACUUGACAAGUAUCUCUCCAUUUUACCAUUAUGAAAACUAUCAUUAAAAAAAACAGUUUAGAUGCCUUCUCCUUUUGAGGGAAAAAGGGUGCUUUUUAUUGUAUAAAGCAGCGUCUUAUGUAUUUUGAUAUACCAUUGUUUGAACUUCCGUCUUUAGCUGAUAGAUUCUCAAAUAUCCUUGAUUUUGGAUGUUCAGUAUGUUUGUGAGAGAGGUUUCUGGGAAGACUCUCUUUUUGCCCUCGGGAAAAAGCAAAAUAUCAAUGUUUGGGUGACUGUGUAAAGCUCAGUGUGUAAGAACAUCUUUUUGUCUAGGUUUUCUUUCUGCUCUUUAUUGAAGACAAACACUCACCAAAAAGAAAAAUAAAAGUUUUCAGAGAAACUAAUUUUCUUUGGCAAGAGUAUUACUUAAUAUUUUGGCCUCCUAAAGUUUCCCUAGUUAGUACUCGGACUCCUGUGCUAAUUGUCAGCUUACAUAUCAUUGUAUAGAGACUGUUUAUUCUGUACCAAACUGAUUUCAAAAGUACUACAUUGAAAAUAAACCGGUGACUGUUUUUCUUCAUAAAGUUCUGCUUUUGGCAUCUUCACUCUUUCCAAAAUGUAUCUGUACAUCAGAAAUGUCACUAUUCCAAGUGUCUUUUUAGUGUGGCUUUAGUAUGGCUUCCUUUUAAUAUUGUACAUACAUUGUAUCUUUGUUUUAUGGUAAUAAGUAAUAAAAAUGUAGACUUCAUAUUUUGUACAAAAUGUCCUAUGUACAGAAUAAAAAAGUUCAUAGAAACAGCAAAUAUAGGUAAGUGGCACAAUUAUUUUUCUUUAGAAAAUAUCUGUAACUUUAUGCAUUAGUGAAAUGUUAAGUACCGACAUAUUUUUUAACAUUUUGUAAUUCAAAACUUUUUGUUUUGACAUUGUUUAUGAAGAGAAACUUCAUACACUUGCCAUUUAAUAUGCUCUUUUAUCUAAUUUUCAAAAACUCUAAAAAACGGUGUAUCAUAUGGACUAAAUAAAGAACAUGUGAAUUUUA